AGUGGUUGAUGAUUUUUGGUUGUACGUUGAGUAAUAAUCACAGUCACCCUUGCGAUCGAAUGCAAACUUGUUGGUUUGAAAUCUACAAACCGUCAUUUGUUCUGUUCCUCGUACUUUUUUUGGUGUUGAACUAGAUGAACAAGUCAUAAAACUAUGGAGAAGGUUUUCAAUUUGACCAAUAGAUGCUGAGGUUAUCCUCUAUUUUCAAGGCUACACUCCAAUUCUCGAAAUAAGGCGAUUGGAUGGAUGAGCAGUUCUGAUGGUUGAACUAAGUCACGCUUCGUCUUCCUUCCUCGCUUGAUUGAUGUGCUUCCGAAGAGUUGUGACUUUCACGAUCAAGUAAUCGUCUUCUAUUAUCUACACAUUUGCUCGUAAUCUUGAUCUGUGUUCUUUCUGUUCCCGUGGCUCUCGGACAUUCAAGUGUUCCAAAACAGCAGUCGCAUAGCACAUCAUGGAACAACAGGAUACCCAAUCAUCUCUCGUGCAUUCCAAUCUACUCACCCACAAUUCGUCGUGCACCACCCCAACGCUUUAUCUUGAUAUCUCGUUCAAGUUCGCCCUAUUCCUCACUCACGCUUUGUUUUCAUUUCAUGCGACGCUCUAUAGUUUAGCGCUUUCCGGAAGACAGGAGUGGAGACCAGAUCACAAGUUAAUUAUGCUUGCGUAG